AUGCGUUUCCCUGCCAUUUCUUCCCUCCUCUGCCUUGCCGGACUCGCUGCCGUUCCGACGAGUGCCUAUGACGGCGAUGAUCCUAAUAUCAGAAGCAUCCCGCUCCGCACUCACAGUCUCGCUCCGCCAUACCUAGACUCGGACUUCCAAAGCCGCUGGUUCGACUUCGGAGGCGAUACUGUGAUUCGGGCCGACAAGUAUAUUCGCCUGACGGCCGAUCGACCCUCUCAACAAGGAUGGAUCUUCUCCCGCGUGCCUCUGACGGCCACUAAUUGGCAGAUCGAGACCGAAUUCGAGGUUCACGGUGACGGCAACCUACACGGUGAUGGAUUUGCCAUGUGGCUCACCAAACAGCGCGGAACCCAAGGUCCCGUUUUUGGAUCGCAAGACAAAUUCGAGGGCCUUGGUAUCUUUGUCGAUACCUACAAGAACAACCGUCCCGGCGUAUCAUUCCCCUACGUCAUGGCCAUGAUGGGCGACGGUGAAACCACCUACGAUCAGGCCCACGACGGAAAGGCUAACGAGCUGGCCGGAUGCUCUGCCCGUGGACUCCGCAACGCUCCUGUCCCCACCAAGCUUCGUCUCACCUACUUCCAGGACAAGUCCCUUACCCUGGACCUGCAAUACAAGUCUGAGGACACCUGGACCAAUUGCUUCAGCCUGACUCCCGAGGACGCCAGCAUCGCGAUCCCCUCCGUCGCCUACUUGGGUUUCUCCGCCGAGACGGGCGAACUGAGCGACAACCAUGACAUUGUCUCCGUCAAGGCCGAGAACCUGUACCAUGUCAAGGGCAAUAACCGUGACCAAUCAACCGGAGGAAAGGACAGCAGCAGCCGCGGCCGUGGUGGUAACAAGGCGCCGCAGGAGAAGGGUAGCUGGACAUGGUUCCUGUUCAAGGUCAUCCUCUUCUUCGGUGCUAUUGUCGGCGCCUACUUUGGCUACACCGUCUACCGCACCAAGGCGCGGUCUUCGCGGUUCUAA